AUGUUAUAUACUUUUUUAUUCGUCUUCGAUGAUAGCAACACAUCAGAACAACUACAACUAAUUAACUCAACUAUAUUAACAUCCAAUCUGAAUAUAGGAAUAUGUGCUUCAACUAGUUUCUCUUGUGCAAGUGUUGUACGAUGUAAUAUAGAUAAUGUAACUUGUUCAAUCGAGAGUACAAUCUGUGUGAAUAGUACACGAUGUGGUCAACCAAUAUGCUAUCCAUUACCUAUGGCAAAUAAACAAAUAUGUCCACCAAAGACUAUUAAAGUUGUCGUAACAACUGCUGUUCUAUUGACGAGAACUGAAAAAGAAAAAUCAUCAACAAUGGAGAUAUCAACAUCAUCAACAACAACAACAACAACGUCAACAUCAUUAUCAACAGCAAGUACACGCGGAUGGCUUUCUACUGGUAAUAUGACUUAUGCACGAUAUUCUCAUACGUCAUCUAUCUUAUCAAAUGGAAAAGUAUUAGUUGCUGGUGGACAAGUCAAUUUUGGGUAUACUGUUUUAAAUAGUGUUGAGUUGUAUGAUCCAUCAGCAGGUACUUGGACAACUAUUAGUAACAUGGCUACUGCACGAGCUAGUCACACAGCAUCUGUGUUAUCAAAUGGAAAAGUAUUAGUUACUGGUGGAGCUGAUAGUAGCAAUUUUUUAAGUAGUGCUGAACUGUACGAUCCAUUAACAGACACGUGGACAACUAUUAGUAACAUGAUUAAUGCACGGAAUUAUCACACAGCAUCUGUAUUAACAAAUGGAAAAGUAUUAGUUACUGGUGGAUUUAAUCGUGAUAGUAAUUUAAACAGUGCUGAAUUGUAUGAUCCAUCAACAGGUACUUGGACAAGUAUUGGUAGCAUGAAUAAUGGACGAUGGGAUCACACAGCAUC